UUACGUCAUCAAAACGCAGGAAACGGUGGAGCUAUGUUGACGUCCAAAACAAAAAUUGUUCUCUGAAAAUCUUCGUCGGCUUAUCGCCAUCGGCUGCUAGAUCGAUAAAAAGGUCGAUCGCCAGGAGAUUCGUUAGUGAAGAAAAGUAGGGGGCAAUACAGGUGGACGUAGCUUGACCGCCUUCUGUUAUUUUCGUGGGAUUAAGAGGAGUUUUCGUAAGCUAACAUUAACGUUAGCAUUAUCUUAGUUAACGGUAGCUAGCGAGGCAGGUUACUGUGUGAAGUUGGCAUUCGAACACGUUAGUCGUUUGGCCAGCUCACAACACGCUAGCCAAGGUCCGACAAUCUGGGAAAACUUGGUGGUGUGAAUCGAUAGUUUCUAACUGGAUGGACUCAAUCAUCUCCUAAGGUAGAUUUUAUUGGGAAAGGAACAACUACGCAAGGCGUUUUUGCUUUUUAGUGCUCUUGGGCCUGUCCUAGCUAGCUAACCAACGUUAUGGCGUGUGGAGCUACUCUGAAAAGGACAAUGGAUUUCGAUCCUUUGAUGAAUCCUGCAUCACCUAAACGGAGGAGGUGUAUUCCAGUAUCGCCAUCGUCGUCUUCACCGAGGAAAUACCUUCGAAAUGAACCCUCUCCAUUCGGAGAAGUCUCCUCUAAACUUACAACAGAGCAAAUUCUUCAUAACAUUAAGCAAGAAUACAAGAGGAUGCAGAAAAGGAAGCAUUUUGACGGUAGUUUUCAACCAACGGAUGGCUGUUCACCUGAGUCGCAGCCUGGCAUGUCCAUCUUAAAUGGCUGCAGUCUUCAAGGCGCAUCCUCAGGUUCGGUCUCCCCAUCGAGGAAAGAGCAGCCACUGUUCACCCUCAGGCAAGUGGGCAUGAUCUGUGAGCGUCUUAUUAAGGAGCGGGAGGAGAAAGUUCGUGAAGAGUACGAGGAGAUGAUGACUUCCAAACUGGCGGAACAAUAUGAUACCUUCGUGAAGUUCACUCAUGAUCAGUUAAUGCGACGCUUUGAAGAGCAACCUGCUAGUUAUGUUUCCUGAGACAGACCCAUCCACCACUAGGACACAAGCUGAUGUACUGCUGUGACUGAUUUGAAUUAUUCUCUGAUGACGUCAAUGCCAGAGACUGUGUUUGAUUGCAAAUAAAAAGUGCCAUAUUUCACUUGUUGGCAAAGGCUACUUAAAAGCUUCAGUCAGUGGUAUACACCCUCUCCUAAGCAUUUAGGUGCCUCUCGGUGUAAAGCUAUGUUUUUGACCCUUCCUGAUUUUUCUACCAGUGGCCUACCUAUCACUUGCUGUAAGCCUUUUUCUCAGAUUUUAUUUAGUCUUGGCAUUCCACAUCCUUUGUGUUUUAUAUUAUUUUUGUUACUUGUAUAUCAAAGUUAUUCAGAAUGCCAUGUAACAUUUACUGAUCAGCCAUUUUUAAUGAAUACAGGUUGAUGUGGUCAGAAAGUGAAAGGUAUCCCAGGUCAGUGUUUUUUUUUUUUUUCCUUUUUUUUUCCAAAUAAAGGGCAAUACAUAGUUUGUAACAUAGAAACAAGUAUUGUGUGUGGGCCAGUUUUGGUUCAAGCCCGUGGUUGCUCUCAAUAUUUGAAAGUCUCACUUAAGUAACAGCAGUGAAGAUUGAGGAUUGCUGUUUUGGGUAGUGUGAGCCUUAAAUAUGUUGUACUGUAACACAUAAGCAACUACUAGAAAACAUCACCAAAUCACACAAUACCAUCUCAUAUUUAUUUUGAUCUUUAUCCUGUUCAUUUUUUCCUGCUUACAUAGUUGAAAUGUAAACAAUAAAACUUUUUAAUACA